GAUUGGUUCGCAGUCAAGUGGCGCUUCCUGGUUUGGAGAAAGUAGGAAAUGUUUUUGAAAGUGUUGCUGCGGAGGGAUCAAGUGUUGAUAGCGGGCGAAGAUGCUCUCCUGCUCCGUUUGGAGGUUUCUCAUCUUCCUUGCGCUGUGCGGGAGCGUUACCCCGCAGCGGAGAUUCCCCACUCUAGAGCACCUCCGGCCGGGCAGCAGUGAGCAGGCGCAGGCCGACGCUGUGAAUGGGCUGCUCCACAGGCUCCUUGGGACCCGUGCAUCGGAGUUCAUUGUGUCCGUAAACAAGAGCCUGUCCAACGACAGUCUGGAUGUGUGCGAGCUCAGCUCCACCCGGAACAACAGAGUGGUGGUCACCGGCAGCAGCGGUGUGGCCGUGGCGUCUGGCAUCUACAACUACCUCAAAUACUUCUGCAACUGUCACGUGUCCUGGUCCGGAGACCAGCUGGACCUGCCACGACCUCUGCCCAAGCUGAGCGGGGUUCUGCGCAUCGCCAGCCCGCACAGGUUCCGGUACUACCAGAAUGUGUGCACUGUCAGCUACUCGUUUGUGUGGUGGGAUUGGCCUCGGUGGGAGAGGGAAAUUGACUGGAUGGCCCUAAACGGUAUCAACCUGCCCCUGGCCUUCACGGGGCAGGAGGCACUGUGGCAGGAGGUGUAUCGAUCUCUGGGACUAAACCAGUCUGAAAUAGAGGAGUUUUUCUCUGGACCAGCAUUUCUGGCUUGGAACCGAAUGGCAAACAUGUUUCGCUUUGGGGGACCUCUGCCCCAGUCCUGGCAUGUGACCCAGCUCAGCCUUCAGUUUAAGAUCUUGGAGAGAAUGCGAUCAUUUGGCAUGAUUCCAGUUCUUCCAGCCUUCUCUGGAAAUAUCCCUAAAGGAAUCCUGAGAUUGUAUCCAACUGCAAAUGCAACAAGACUGGGACCAUGGGCUCAAUUCAACUGCAGCUACUCCUGCUCUUACGUCUUAGACCCCCAGGAUCCACUCUUCUUCCAAAUUGGGUCCCUCUUUCUCUCACAAGUGGUCAAACAGUUUGGCACAGAUCAUAUUUAUAACACAGACACAUUCAAUGAGAUGACACCGCCCUCCUCAGACCCUAAUUACCUGAAAUCCGUCAGCCAAGCAGUCUUCAACACCAUGACGGCAGUGGACCCUCAGGCUAUUUGGCUCAUGCAAGGCUGGCUCUUUUUCAGUGAAGCUGCCUUUUGGAAGCCAGCCCAGAUCCAGGCCUUACUCCAUGGAGUGCCACUUGGUCGGAUGAUUGUGCUGGAUUUAUUUGCUGAAACCGAACCAAUUUUCUCCUACACACAGUCUUUCUAUGGGCAGCCGUUUAUCUGGUGCAUGCUGCAUAACUUUGGAGGCAACACUGGAUUUUUUGGCACAGUAGAGAGCAUUAACUCAGGGCCGUUUAAAGCGUUGCAUUUCCCAAACUCAACUAUGGUUGGCACAGGCAUGACUCCUGAGGGUAUUGAGCAAAAUCCAGUGGUCUAUGAGCUGAUGAGUGAGCUGGCCUGGCGUAAGGAGCCUGUCAACCUGGCCAAAUGGGUAUCUCUGUAUGCGAUCCGUCGUUACGGAAGCACACAGGAAAACCUCGGCACUGCCUGGAAGCUGCUUUUUGCCAGUGUGUACAACUGCACAGUGGCUCAUUACAGAAACCACAACCACAGUCCACUGGUGCGGCGGCCCUCCUUGCACAUGAACACGGGGCUGUGGUACGAGCCUGCUCAGCUCAUCCAGGCCUGGAAACUGAUGAUGGAUGCAGCCCCCGCACUUAUGUCCAAGGAGACGUUCCACUACGACCUGGUGGAUGUCACACGGCAGGUGCUGGAGGUGAUGACCACGUGGUUUUAUCAGGACAUUGUCGAGGCAUUCCGCAUACAUAAGUUACCCGAGCUCCUGACUGUAGGGGGUGUGCUGGUGUACGACCUUCUGCCAGAGCUGAACCGCUUGCUGAACAGUGAGCGUGGCUUCCUGUUGGGUGUGUGGCUGGAGAGGGCCCACUCCCUGGCAUUGGACGAGCGCGAGGCCCAACUGUACGACAUGAACGCCCGCAACCAGCUCACCCUGUGGGGUCCCAGCGGAGAGAUCCUGGACUAUGCCAAUAAGCAGUGGGGUGGCCUCAUGGAGGACUACUAUGGCCAGCGGUGGGCACUGUUUGUGCACACUCUUGUGGAGUGCCUCAACAGUGGGACACCUUUCAAACAAGACACUUUCAACCAGGCUGUAUUUCAGGUAGAGAGGGGCUUCAUUUUCAAUGGACGCAAGUAUCCAAGUGCACCUCAGGGAGACACAUUUGAGAUAGCCCACAGAAUAUUUCUGAAAUAUUACCCGCAGGCCUUAAAAAAGUUGUAAUCAGCUAAUACUAGGUUAUGUGAUGAUGCCAUAAAUUAAUUUUUUUCUACUUCUAGGUCCAAAGGAAUGACAGCCUUAUUUACUGAAUGACAUUUUGGCAGAUUUUAACCUGCUGCAGGGCUUUGUACCUUGCCAUCUUAAAAUGUUACACUGCACAAAUACAAUAAGUGAGGUUCUUGUGAUUGUUGAUUGUUGAUUUCAGGUGUAAAUUUUCCAGUUAAUCUGUUUAACUGAAAAAAAAAUAGGUGUACAUGCACCCACUGAUUUUGUUUAGCAUCAAACUGUUUUUGAACCUUUCUAAGUCCCCAUUUUUGUUUGGAACUCACAACAUUUAUGACAAUUAACAAUUCCACCGUUGGCAGCAACAAGAAUGUUUUUUUCUGACUCCACCCACCUUUGAAAAGUCUAUGUAGUCUUCAAAAAGUUCAGAUGGAACGAUAAACUUAGGUACAUGAGCUUAAUUAACUUUAUGAGAACUUUACAUUAUCAGUAAUUAUCUUUUAUUAUCUAUAUUUUGGUCUAUUCUUGAGGUAAAAUGGGGCAUUAUAGGAAGUCUUAUAAUCUUUGUCUCGGGUAAUCUGUUGCCAUCAAAACUGGCUUUCCUACAUCACUAAAUAUUUUUAUAUUCGACUGUGGUUAAAAGACCAUAUAUGGUAUAGAUAUUGCGUUUGUUAUUGUUGUUACCACCAAUAUUUUUAGCCCUUUUUCCAUUAAAUCUUGUCCAAAUUGUAUUUUAUUAUUUUUACACUUGAGGAUUUGAAAGGAUUCAUUACUUAAAAAAAAAUAAAAACUGAUUAAAAAAAUAGAUACAGCCAGUUUCUGUUGUUUUUUUUUUGUUGUAUUUUAGUUUACACUGAGGACAAUGAGGAUAUUGUAUUUGGCACAUUACCAUGAAUGGUUUAAUUAAAAAAUAUAUUUAUAAUAG